AUGCUGAUGAGGACGAGGUAUGGUGAUAUGCCAUUUUCCCAUCUGGAUGCCUAUAUAUGGAGCUGCUCUACCGUGCUUUGGCCAGCAGUAGCAACACAAAACAUUCCACAAGUAGAGGCAACAAAGUCAGAGAGCUGUGGGCAAAACGUCUUGCGUACAACUAGUGAAGAUGAAGAGCAGCACGAUGUUUGUGAUCCUGGUUCUCCAGGCAGUUCUGGUCAUGGGAGUCUUGCAGCUGUGGCUAAAGAAAACGCUGCCGUCGGUGAGAGCAAGGGCAGCACCGAGACCAACGGUGGCAAGCUCGGCUGCAGCACCAAGUACAACUUCUCCUUCUCCGGUCUCUACACCUGCGACGACAUCGUCAGCAAGUGCGACCCCGUCUGCAAGGUCUGCACCGUCGUCAAGAAGUACCCCGUCAAGCAGUUCCAGUGCACCGACACCUUCCUCGGCAUGUGCGGCCCACCGUGCAAGAAGAACUAG